UUCUUGGUAAAUGCAAUUAAUAUAGUUUUUGAGGGGUUUGCUUUAAGGCCCCCGUUGUGAGCACCAUUGCUCUACCAUGCUUAAUGUUCAGUGGGUGAGGUCUUAGGUGAAUUUCCCCCUGACUAGUAUAACACUGUCAUCUGCAUUUCCCUGGGCAAGAUUCUGCUUUCAUUUAGUUUACUUACCUACUUCAUCCAAGACCACAUUCCAUUGCAGUGGUCCAAUAUUCCUCCUGGCGACAUCCUCUUGCCACCACUGCUUCUGCUUUUUUGUGGUACAUGGAGGCCUGCACUUUUCUCCUUGUUAGCAUUGGCUCUAUCCAUCAGCAGGUUCUGUCAGUUCUUGUCUCAUUGAUGUGACCAAGGAGUAUUGACUAUUUUAGUCAACCAGACAACUUAGUUGAAUCUGUCAAAUCACUUCAUCUGAAAGAGGUCUAAGAUCUAAUAAGCAAAAGUCCAAUUUUAUCCUAAUAGUUAUCAUUGUCAAGUAUAAUUCAGUGAAGUUGCUGAAGUAAUCUUAUGACGAAUCCAGUAGUCCUAAGUGUCUAAAUUCCAGAGGACAUUUGCUUCCAUUUAUCUUAAGGCACCAGAAUUAGCUCCAUUCAGCUAUUCGCCUGAAGUUUCUCUGAAGCAAUUGCUGGAUUAGGAUCAAAGGAUAUCAGAAAAAAGUUAGGAGAAUGGAAGUUGUAGUCAGGAUAUCUGAGGUACAAGAUUGAUCCAAACACACUGCCUUGUGGCACCCUCUCACCAGGAGGGCAUUAUUUGAAGACAUCCGAUCCUUUGUGAACUCAGAAGAAAUGUUCUGUUAGGUGUAAGCAAAGGAUUAGGUAUAAGUUUUGAUGGGUCAUCACAAAGAAUGGAGGAAAAUUGCAAAGAAAUUUAGGAGAAAGAGAAUAAGAAAAAAAUGCGCAAUCGAAAGGGACGAAAAACUGAGAGAGGAGGAGAAAAUGUUGAAAAGCUGUCCACAAUAUCAGACUUGGCUUUAUGAACAACAACUAUUGGACAAAUUUGCGAAGGAAGAGGAAGAAAGGGUGGCCAAUGAGGCAAAAUUAAAGUGGGAAGCUGAAGAAAGAUUGGCUCAAGAAAGGUGGAGGCAAAAACAAGAACUUGCUAAACAGGAGGCUGAAGUCAGGGAAAAACAGCAAGCUCUCAUUCGUGAAGAAUGGGAAAAGGAACAAAAGCAAAAGUUAAAAGAAGAGGAAAAGAGGAAAUUAGAAGAGGAAAGGAAAAAAGAAGAAAUGGACAGAAUUUUGGCUGAAAUGGAUUUGUUCAUAAGUGGAGAAUUGAGGGAAUUACCGUCUGAACUCAACGUGUCUACGGAGACUCAACCUGGAAAAGAAAUUUGCCCUUUUUUUCAAAAAGUGGGUGCUUGUAGAUUUAAAACUAGCUGUUCAAGAAAUCAUGUCAGACCUGGAAUAAGUAAGUGCAUUCUAAUGCCAGGUUUUUAUUCUCACUUUUCCCUGUCAAGUAGUAAUCAAGCUGAAUAUGACACUGAUAUUUCAUUAGAGUAUGACACCCAUGAGCAAUAUAAGCACUUCCGUGACUUUUAUGAUGAUAUAAAAGAUGAAUUUUUAAAGUUUGGAAAAAUUGAUGUGUUAAAAGUGUGCUCAAAUGAGGAACCACAUCUGAGGGGAAAUGUUUAUGUUCAGUUUCGAGAAGAAAGAUCUGCCAUGUCAGCAUUCAGGGGUUUAAAUGGAAGAUAUUAUGCUGGGAAAAGGAUUUCAGUGGAAUUUGUAAACAUACCAAAUUGGAACAGGGCGAUAUGUGGCCUCCAGUUUAGAAAAGCGUGCCCAAAAGGACGAGUAUGUAAUUUUCUGCAUGUUUUUCGUAAUCCACAUGGUGAGUACACAUUUAUUGACGACUCGAAGAAAGCUGCUAAGGAAAAGGAAUGGAAAUGGUCCGAUUCUUCUGAUUCUGACGAUUACAACAGAGAUAGACACAAUAAUAAACGGAACAGAUCUCAUGAAAGGCGGAGUCGGUCUCAAGACAAGAAAAACAGUAGGCAUAGUGAAAGAAGUAGACUAAGAGAAAAAAGUAGAACGACAGAAAGAAGGAGUCACUCUAAAGAAUUCAGAAAGAGCAAAGCAAGGAGGAAAAAGAGGAAAAAAGAUAAAUAUGAGUCUGAACGAAUGCUAAGGAAUGGAACAUGACUGAAUUAGUGUAUUUUUAUAUUGACCUAUAAUGUUGAUGUCAAUAGGCUGUGACUGAUUUAUACUGUAAUAAUUAUAUAUUUAAAUAAAUAUAUAACAACUA